ACUUUCGAGGCCCCGCCCACUUCGGUUGAACACCACCCCCACGCCCAGCCGUGCCUCCCGGAAGCAGUAGUCUCCAACUGCCGCUCCCCCUUCCCGGGACAACUACAAGUCCCAGCAUGCAGCGCAUGCGCCCGGGCCGGGGGAAGGCCUCCGGCUUGUAAACAUCCCGGUUGGAAUGAGGGCGACUCGUCACGGCGCGAGGCCAGGUUUACAGAUUUGAUUGGUCAAGGCCUUAAAUUAUGCAGAAAACUUCCAAGAGGAACAAGCAGUCAGUUGUUUCUUGGGAGGAACCAACAAUCCUUCCUCCCGACAAGAGAAAGAGAGAAAGUCAACAGAACUUUGUAGAUGUUUUGCCUCCAGAAGUCAGUUGUAAAAUUUUCAGUAAACUCGACAUUCAGAGUUUAUGUAGUGCAGCAAUGACAUGCAAGAGCUGGAAUCAUGCUAUUGAGAACAGUGACAAUUUGUGGAAAAAUCACUGUUUAAUUGUAAGAGCUGUCUGUCAGCGAGAGAUUGAUUGUGAUCGAGGAAAUGGAUAUUCAUGGAAGAUCACAUUACUGAGAAAUUACUGGAAGAGUAAAGUGAAGCAGGAAUGGCUGAAUGGCAAAUACAGCAAUAUUCAGUCAAGCAGUAGCUUGCCAGAAACAAGCAUGUAUCCUAUGGAUGCUGAUACCUGGGGAGAAAUACUGAAAGCAGAACUGGAGAGAUGAAAAACCCAACAAGGAUCUUGAAUAUCAAGACCCGGCACAGGACUAUUGUAAAUGUUUUAUUUACACUAUUUCCAGGUGUACUUAAAUCUUUUUUGAAAGCAUGUGCAUUUACCUAGCUUUUUUUUUCCCUUUGCACUUUAUCCAGACAACCUUCUAAAGUUUUUUUACGGCAAAAUCCUGAACGGGAUGAAGUAUUCAAUGUUCAAUAUUCAUUUUUUUUAAAUGAUCUGCUGUAGUGCUAAACAAAACUUGAUUGAUUUCUUUUAACAUGCACUUUUGAAGAUGAGAAAUGUUUGCCAGAAUUUGUGUUUGGUUUGACAUGUAUAGUAGAACUAGUGAGAAAAGUAUGACAACAAGGGGACCCCUCAACAUAGGUUAAGAAAUCAAAGGAAUGACUAGAGCAGGUGUAACUCAAUGAAUUCCUUCAGGCUGGACUCUUUCAGUUUGUAAAAAUACAAUUAUAAUCAGAAAAGGGAUCAGGUUCUUGUGCAUCAGCAGUCAUAGUUGCUGAAUUUUAUUUAACACAAACACAAUAUGAUCAUAGAAAAGUAGGGCUGGAAGGGACCUCACAAGGUCAUCUAAUCCAGCCCCCUGCUCAAGGCAGGAUCAUCCCCAACUAAUAUCAUCCCAGCCAAACACCUAUCCAGCCUGCUCUUGAAAGUUUCCAAGCAUAGAGAUUCCACAGCUUCAUUAGGUAGCCUGUUCUUGACCACCCUCAUAGUCCAUGGGUGAUUGAGCUUGAUUCUACCCUGGCUUAUUUUAGGACAUCUAUACACAAGUGCAGAGUCUGUUCCAACAUGCUGGAAUUCCAUCGCAUUGGAGCAGACUCGGUUAAAUGAGUCUGCUGGAGCGUGGCAAUUGCCAUGCUCCAGCAGCCUCCUGUGUCUUAUGUACCAGUGUCUGCACACUUAAAAAUAGUGGUGGGGGCACUUGAACUAAAGCAUGAACGAAUUAACUUCAGCUCAAGCACCCCCACCGCCAUUUUUAAGCGCAGGUAUGCCAAUACAGGUGAUGUGGCAGCACUUUAAUUAAAGCGGCUCCAAGAGCUGCUCUAAUUAAAGUGCCACCCCUUUCCCCCCAACCUCUGGACCAUGUGCAAAAGCCCUCAGAUUGCAACAUUUUUGUCUAGUGGUGAAGGGCAGGGUAGGUAUUGAAAAUGAGUCAAAUUUAUCUGGCUGUAGUUAGCAAACAAAAUCCAUUUUAUUCAUCCUUUUUAUAUUAGAACUGUUCUUGAAAUGGAGGAAAAGGGAUUCAGUAUUGCUCUAACUCAUGCUGCUUCACAUAAAGCUCCAUGAGUUAGAGCAACCGCUUCCCCCUCCUGCCCCCCAACCUCCACUCAACUAGUGUUUGCCUUGGAGCUGAUCCAGCAGAGGAGUCUGCCUGCAGCCUCUCACCCCUAGUCCCCCUGUCCCACCCCUGCUCCAGUGCUGUCUGCGGGAAGGAAGUGGGGAGAAAGCUAAAAGGGGGCUGCAAGGCAAGGGGACUCCAAUCCACCCACCCCCUCUUCAGCUCAGCCAGGCAAACCCCGCCCAAAGCUCCCUCCCUUUCUUCAAAUAGCACCCAGGGCAGGGCUGAGCUGCAUCAGCCCAGCCCUAAAUCACACCAACAGACUGACCCGACCCUAGGGAAUACAUGUUUCCUAAAGAGACUCUAAAGUGGUGAUCCCUCAGUUCAAUGAGGGUUAAAUUUGUUGUAUGGUCGACCACUUUUAAAGUACUCUGCAGCUGUGCAUGCAUGUCACAGCAUAGCUGUAGAGCACUUUCCAGGGACCAAACACAUGACAUGUCACUUCUGUCAAGACUCAAAUAGUCUAUUUAAACCUAGAUUUGAAGCAUUACACACAAUAGGAAGGGAAUACAUCAUCCAUCCUCUUACCAUGGUCCAGCUAGUUUACAGCACUUGCUUUUUGCUCCAUGGACAAGGAGACUUCUACAUAACACUUCACUCCUGACUGUUUGGGAUCCAGUCUUGGAAAGAAAGGGAGAAGGAUUCAUCAAGAAAUCAUUUGAGAAAAAUAAAAGCAAAGAGAUCAAAAGACUUUGCAAGAGAAUGCAGAAAAAAGGAUAUUUGAAGUCACUGAAGGGAAGCAGCAAGAGAAGCAUAGAAAGCAAUAGGUAUUGCAUGAAGAAGCAGAGAGAAGAAACAGCAAACUGGUAGAAUAAACUUACCUCAUCUUAAACUCA